GUCUUAUCGAUCAUCGAUCCACCCAUCCCACCAGCUACUGCAGGCGACCGGUUUGCUGAGGCUGCGGGCGGCUGCAAGCCAAACGGUCACUGUUCUAUUUUUGCCCCGCAGCGUCUGUGACCACACGCAACCAACCUACACAUGCUGUUUUUUUUCUGUCCUUCAAUUUGAACGACGUUUCUUGAUCAGGUCGAUUUCGCAGCGCAUUGCCAACAAGCCGCUACCUAGGUACCUAGUUAUCACCAGCCUUGCACGGCACGGUCUCGGCCCAUCCUCGCCCCGCCAUCAUGCUGCUGCCCUCACAUCAGCGGCAAAUCCGGAGCUGCGCCCUCGAAGGGGAGGUCGAUGGGAGUCACCCAUUGAGUCACCCAGUCAUUGCCAACGGCGGUCAAGAUGACUCCAGCCUCGGCUCGUCCGUGCCACCACACCCCUUCGGCAUCAAACCGCUAGGCAACAAGUACUUUUUCAACGGCGAGGAUGCUCGGACGUCUUUAGGGGUGCUGCAAAUUGUACCCGACGAGAUCCUCAUGCAGUUUUUGGAAUACUUAGAUGCUCGCACUUUGAGGCUGUUCGGCUAUACAUGCAAGUUUCUCCUGGGGUGCUGCAUGGCUGACGACAUAUGGAAGGCGAUUUUUUUAGAGUCAGACCUUGGCAACAAGUCUUCCUUCGAGUGGCGAGGAUCCUGGAGGGCGACAGUUCUGGACUUGUCACCUGAACAAAGCAUCCGGGUCGACUGCAGCAGUGUUUUCUCUGAUGUGCUGCACCGCCCAUUCGUCUGCAGCCAUAUCUCCCUAAGCCAGUACACGAAAAACAUCCCGACGACCAACGAGAUUGAUCGCUUCGAGGAUCUCUCGUACGAGGACUUCGCGGGAAAAUGGAGCAAGAAGCCGUUUAUCCUCACCGAGUGCAUCCAGGCCUGGCCAGUCACCAAGUCAUGGACACUGGAGAGCCUCCUCUCCCAAUAUUCGGAUGUCGUGUUCCGAGCGGAAGCGGUGGAUUGGUCGUUUAAAACCUACUGCCAGUACAUGCGCAACAGCCAGGACGAGAGCCCCCUCUACUUGUUCGAUCGGAAGUUUGCCGAGAAGAUGUCGUUGAAAGUUGGCAAGGAGGAAGGUGCGGCAUAUUGGAAGCCGGAUUGCUUUGGACCGGACUUGUUUGAGCUCCUUGGAACCGAGCGGCCAGCCCACCGGUGGCUCAUCAUCGGGCCGGAGCGGAGCGGAUCUACCUUCCACAAGGACCCCAAUGCGACGAGCGCCUGGAAUGCCGUGAUCCAGGGCGCCAAGUACUGGAUCAUGUUCCCGCCAUCAGCAUCCGUACCCGGCGUGUUCGUUUCCAAGGACAGCAGCGAGGUCACCAGUCCGCUUAGCAUUGCUGAGUGGCUGCUAGAGUUUCAUUCAGAGGCCCGCAAGUUGCCUGAGUGCAAAGAAGGCAUCUGCAAGACGGGCGAGAUUCUCCACGUCCCGAGCGGCUGGUGGCAUCUUGUGGUGAACCUAGAGGACGGGAUUGCCCUGACGCAGAAUUUUGUGCCCGAGUCUCACCUUGGUGGUGUCAUGUCCUUCCUGAAGGAUAAGGCAGAUCAGGUGUCUGGAUUUGAGGAUGAAGUUGCCGACCCAUACGCCCUCUUCACCAGCCGCUUGAGAGAGGAGCGGCCUGACUUGCUCGAGGUGGGACUGAGACAGUUGGCUGAGAAGAAAAGACGAUGGGAUUCCGUGGUGGGCGAUGACGAGAGCUCGGGAGAUCAACCGCAAAAGAAGAACACGGGUUUUAGCUUUGGGUUCGGGUUCGAAGAAGAAGAUGACGAGGUACCCUAGUAUCUACCAAAUAUUCAAGGGCGUCCAAUUGCAUGCAUUCAACGGUCCAUUGUCGAUGAAGGAGAUAAUACUCGGAGAGAUAUUCGCAACUGAGGCAGGGAGGUACUUUUACACAAAGAGCCGGGGCAAGGUGCAUGGGUAGAUCGUGACGCAUUAUUUGGUUGUAUGUGAGGUUCCUAUUGUUGUUUUAUUGAAAUCAUACCAUAAAGGC